AUGUACAAGGCCGUGGGUUAUUUUGCAAAUCUUCACAGCCUCGUGCUAGAUCUUCAUUUUGACACCAGACCACUACCACUGGGUCGUCAACGCCAUGAAACCGAAAUUUCGAGACUUCGAGAGAUUAUCGCUAAUGCAGCCACAGAUGAAAAUCUUGUCCUUGGUAUCUGGAACUUGGUUUCCGCUAACCAGGCUUCUCGGAAUUUAAGAAACCUGCGCAUCAUGCCUUUCGGAGAUGAUAUGUUUUUGGGAGAUGAGAAUAUGGUCCUUGACUGCUUUGCUCGAUCAUUCUUGGUCACACGUAAUGCUCAGGGCGAGCCGAAUAUGAGCCAGCUUGGAAAAAGGGAAAGAGAGAUACGGCACGAGUGGAUGUCUUUUAAUAGCGACGAAGAAUUUCCCGAAAGGCUUGAUCGUCUUCUUUGGGAGAUUUGGCCAUCUGGGCCUAAGGGAAACAGCUGGCUAUCACUGGGUGGACAGACCAGCUUUCCUUUGCACCCAGAUGGUGCUUCAGUUGAAUGA